GUCCCGUCCAUUGCUUGCAUUGGCGUUGUCGGAAAACACAACAAUCCAUUGCACAUUUCACUCUUUCCGGCAGAAGAGCGUGCACCACUGGAAUUCCAGUUUCUUCUUUCGUCAUGUCUAGAUAUCUUUGAGGCUCGCCUACCGCAUAAGACAGCAGACCAGGAUUUUGGUCUUCUGCAAGCUGUCGACGAGAGGUUAGCCAUGUACGGCUGGCUCACCAACACCGGCAUCAAAUUCAUCAUUGUCGUGGAUAUGGAGGGAAAGCCAGCCGACCCUCUCGACAACAAAUCUGCGGCUGCUGUUGGGCUGCGAGAUGCGGACAUGAAACCUGCAUUCAGAGCAUUGCAGACGGCGUACAUAAAGCUGCUCAGAAAUCCGUUCUACGACCCUGAUGAACAUUCUCCAAUCACUACCAACUCAGAGCAAAGGAUUGGCUCAACGCAGAUCACAAGCCGCAAGUUUAUUCAAGAAGUCAAACGAAUUGCUGAUGCAUGGUCUCCGGGUGUCACGAGUAUUUAA